GAAGUCAGACGUUGCAAGUGGUGUACGAUGUUUGUUAGGUACUAUUUGCCAGAGAUGAAGCGCUUUGAGUAGUACUUAGGCCACACUCAAACAUGGCUACCGUAGAGAGUGGGCAACAACUUUAAUAUUUGUAUUUAUAUGGGAACAAAGUAUCCCAGUUCCGCUCUUGCGAAAUAGUGUAAUUGUAUAAUUGAUUCAAUAUAUGAUUUUUAAGGGUUUGUUUUUUCACCCAGUGCUCUAAUUUGGGCGAUUUUCUUGAAACUAAUUUUUACGGGGAAUUGUAGCUAGCUUGCUCCAAGGCUGAGGGGAAUCAGUUGGAUAGCAAGCUGGCUAGCUAAUCGAAUGUGUUGAUAAUUUCGCUCAUUCCUGUAUUCAUUUUUGUGUCUGGACAUUCUUUUUUGCAUUGGGGAUUUAUCGGAGCAUUUUUGUUUCGACUGGCUGCCGUGUUUUUUUAAUCUACUGGAACCUUUAUGGAUGAGUAAUAUACUGCCAUUACAAGACCGUUUGUGUUCUGCGAUGUGGGAUGAAGAGGAUAAAGGAAAGUGGUCUUUGGAAAUUUAGGGGGAAAGGAGUGGGCUUCGCGGUUGGAUAUUAUUUUAAAUAUAUCGUCCUGCCCUGGAUUUUCUACGUUAGUUGGAGUACAACUGAAAACCUUCGAUUUGCAUAGCCCACUGCAUCGGCUGAUCGGCUACCCGCUCCUUAUUCUUCCACUGGAUAGCUAGUGGUCUAGCCCCAACCCCCAAGCCAUCGAAAACUAAACAAAGUACUGUAUGUCACAUAUGACAUUCAUUGUCAUGAGGGAAAUAACUCAAAACUGAUAGGGUUGGAAAGAAUGUCAUCAGAGGAUAAGAGUCUGGACACCUCUGACAAAGGACCGUCUCCACCUCCUGGCAGCACCGGGGCCACGCCUACAGGAAGUCCUGCCCCCACUGACAGACGCCCUCGGGGACGUCCUCGGAAAGAUGCAGUGUCCACAGCCCCCCUGUCCACAGCCCCCCCGCCAGGCCCUGCGUCCAAGCCCAAGAAAAAGUGUCGAGGCCGUGGCAGGGCAGUGUUGGAGGAUGAUGAGAUGGUGGAGGCCACAGAGUCGGCUGAACCCACAGCCAAUCAGGAGAUAGAGCCAAAAGAGCAUCAGGAGAUGGGUGAGGAUGCCAUGUUGGCGGCAGGUGAUGGAGAGGGGAAGGACAGUCCCGCCUUCCCCCUGAACCAGACAGAGGAGGCAGCGGCACCAUCAGCCUCUGCCUCAGGAGUAACCAAAAGCAGUGAACAGCUCUGUGCCUUCUGUUACUGUGGGGGGCGGAGCCUCUUGGGUCAGGGGGACCUGAGGACGUUUGAGACCACGCCCACUUCCAGCAGCCAGCUAGGAGGCAGCGCGGGGGGCGGCGACGGCGCCGGUGACCCGGACGGUGGGGGCGUCCUGCCGACCGCAGCUCCCAGGGCAUCGUCGAGUGCGGAGGAGGGAGCUGGCAGGUUUUGGGAUGAGCUGAGUCACGUUGGCCUCCCUGAUAGCACCGAUAUCCAGACGCUCUUUGAUGAGUCAGGGCGGUGCUGUGCCCAUCAGCGCUGUGCCAUGUGGUCGCAGGGCGUGUGCCAGGGCGAAGACCAAUCACUGCUCAACGUGGACCAAGCCAUCCACUCAGGGAGCACACAGUGCUGUGCAUACUGUAAGCGCCUUGGAGCAUCCAUCACGUGCUGUGAGGAGGGGUGCGAUCGGAUGUACCAUUACCCCUGUGCGGGGGCCGCCGGAACCUUUCAGGACUUCAAGAGACUUUUGCUCUUCUGCCCUGAUCACAUUGAAUUAGCCAUUGACAGAUCUAACGAGGAGGCCAGCUGUGCGCUGUGUGACAGCCCCGGCGACCUCCUGGACCAGCUCUUCUGCACCACCUGUGGGCAGCACUACCACGGCAUGUGUCUGGACAUCGCCGUCACCCCUCUGAGGAGGGCAGGCUGGCAGUGCCCGGAGUGCAAGGUCUGCCAGACGUGCAAGAACCCAGGCGAGGACACCAAGAUGCUGGUGUGUGACAUGUGCGAUAAAGGCUAUCACACGUUCUGCCUGCAGCCGGUGAUGGACUCUAUCCCUACUGGUGGCUGGAGGUGCAAGAACUGCCGCGUGUGUGACCAGUGCGGCACGCGGACGAGCGGCCAGUGGCACCACUCGGGCCUGCUGUGUGAGGCCUGCGCCGGGCAGCAGGACCCAGCGCUGACCUGCCCUCUGUGCGGAGGGGGCCCCGAGCCGGAGCUCCACCCUCACCUGCUCUCCUGCCAGAGCUGCAAAAGGUGGUUGCACUUGGAGUGCGAGCAGCAGGUGGAGGGCUUUGUGGAAGCCCAGCCGGGGGAGGACUACGUCUGCUGCGGCUGCGGGCGCGUCAGCCCUGAUCUGGACCCUCCGCACAAGGACCUGGACCCUGAUCUAGAACCUCCACACAAGGACCUGGACCCUGAUCUGGACCCUCCACACAAGGACCUGGAAGCCCGGCUCACGCUGGCCCCUUCUGAAGCGGAGGAGCCGCCGGACGCGGGGGUCCCGCAGUCAGAGCCGCAGCCGUCCAGCCCGAUGGACUGCCAGCCCGCGGGUGAAGCAGGCACGGAAGAGGAGACGCCAGCCGGUGAAGCGGGCACGGAAGAGGAGACGCCAGCCGUUGGCUGUGAGCAGACAGGGGAGCAGGUGUCCGAGGCCAAACCUGAGCUGGCAAGUGAAGUGCUAAACGAUGCUCCAUGUGCUGAAGAGACAAGGACUACAGCAGCAGCACCCCCUGAGGAGGUGGAGAGCCAGGGGCCUGAGCCUGAGCCUGAGGCACCGGAGCCUCCCCUGCAAGCAGCAGUGACCCCCGACCCUGAGCCGACUCAGGCCAGCACAGCCACCGCGGCCCCCCAGGGAGAGGAGCCUGAAUCUGGGCAGGAGGAGCUCAAGCCCCCCACCCCACCCACCAAAGAGCCCACCGACGCGUCAGCACCAGCUGAGGACGAAGCCAUGGAGGUCUCCUCAGACGUCUCCUCAGACGUUUCCUCAGCUGCUAAGGUGACCGAAGAGGCAGCUGUUCCGACCCUUGUGCCAAAGGAAGAGAGACCACUGGAGAAGGAGAAGGAGGAGGAGGAGGUGGUGGAGAAGAAGGUGCCGAAGGCGGAGGAGGAGUGGAGCUCCAGGGCGGCGGUGGAGGCUGAGCUCUACGCCCAUGAACGCCCUGAGGAGAUGGAGACCACUGCUGCCCCCGAUUCCAGCCUCCCCCAACCAGCUCCGCCCGCCGAGGUGGAGAGCACCACCCACAAGCCAUCCGUCCCAGCCGAGAGCAUGUCUCCCAGCGCCCCCCAGUGCCCGCUCUCACUGCGGGCCUCUCCCGCCGAGCCCAUCCAGGACCGGCUCCAGAUCCCAGAGGCGGAGCCAGAGUUAGAGGCGGAGCCGGAGUUAGAGGCGGAGCCAGAGUUAGAGGCGGAGCCAGAGUUAGAGGCGGAGCUACCGUUCUCCCCGUCGGACUUCAGCGCCGCCAUAGCCCCUGCCAUGUUUCUGCCCAUGACCCCGAAGAUCGGCAUGGGCAAACCGGCCAUCACCAAGAGGAAGUUCUCCCCAGGAAGACCCCGGGUCAAACAGGGAGCGUGGAGAGGGUCGGGCCGAGCUGUCUCCCACUCCUGGUCCCUGGAGCCCCCAAAGACCAGGCAGCCCAACAGCUCCCCUGCCUGGGGCAUCAGAGUGGGUCGAGGAUCAGGCUUUCCAGGCCGGAGAAGACCUCGCGGGGCAGGCCUGUCUGGAAGAGGAGGCCGCGGCCGCUCCAGGAUGAAGAAUGGAGUGGGCCCCGUCCCCAACCCUGGAGUUGGUGCUAUGGAGCAAUCCUAUCUGUUUAAGGAGGAGGAAGAGAAUGCCAUGCAUAACACAGUGGUCCUGUUCUCCAGCUCUGACACCUUCACCCUGAAACAGGAUAUGUGUGUGGUGUGUGGCAGCUUUGGACAGGGUGUCGAAGGCCGUCUCCUACCCUGUGCUCAGUGUGGACAGUGCUACCACCCGUUCUGUGUCAACGUCAAGAUGACGCGGGUGGUGUUGAAUAAGGGCUGGCGCUGCCUGGAGUGUACGGUGUGUGAGGCCUGUGGGCAGGCCACUGACCCCGCCCGCCUGCUCCUCUGCGACGACUGUGACAUCAGCUACCACACCUACUGCCUCAACCCGCCCCUGCACAACGUGCCCACUGGCGGCUGGAAGUGCCGAUGGUGUGUCUCCUGCACCCAGUGUGGUGCCUCCUCGCCCGGCCUGCGCGGCGAAUGGCAGAAUAACUACACACAGUGUGCCCCCUGUGCCAGCCUCUCCAGCUGCCCGAUCUGCCUGCUGGACUAUAGCGAGGAGGAGAUCAUAGUGCAGUGUCGCCAGUGUGACAGGUGGGUUCAUGCCUCCUGCCAAGGGCUGCACUCCGAGCAGGAAGUGGAGGUCGUGGUGGACAAUGGCUUUGAUUGUACCCAGUGCCGAGGCCGAGCCUCCCCCUCAGAGACGAUAGCAGCGGUAGCAGCCAUGGCAGCUGCGGAGGCCUUUGAGCCCACUCUUCCUGUACAGACAAUCCCAAAGGCGAAAGAUCUCGACCCGGCGCGGACGUACACUCAGGACGGCGUGUGCCUGACGGAGUCCGGCCUGAGUCAGCUCCAGAGCCUGGCUGCGGCAGCCUCGCGGCGCCGGCGGCCCAAACCCAAACUCAAGCUCAAGAUCAUCAACCAGAACAGCGUGGCCGUGCUGCAGAGCCUCCCGGACCAGCCCAUGGAGAUGAUGACCCGCGACGGAGAGCUGGAGGACAGCAGGGAGGGGGAGGCGGAGUGUGAGGGGAAGUCUGACUCCAGCCCCGAGAGAGAGGCCGCGGACGACGACUCCAAAGGGGGCGAAGCCGGCAAGAAGAGGAAGAGGAAGCCGUACAGGCCGGGCAUUGGUGGUUUCAUGGUGCGCCAGAGGAACAAGGCGGCCCAAGCCAAGGCCAAGCCCAUCCUGACCAGGAAGGACUCCACAGGCUCCCUCUCGGAGAUCCCACAGGGAAAGGACGAAGCCUGGGGGGAUCCAGCGCCCGACACGCCACAGGAUGAGAAGCCUCCCGCACCAGAGUUCCCAGAGAAAACCAGGAAACGCUACAGGAAAAAGAAGACCAAGCUGGAGGAGGCCUUUCCCACCUACCUUCAGGAGGCCUUCUUUGGCAAAGACCUGCUUGACAAGAGCAAGCAGAAUCGACAGGGGGCGGAGCCAGGCCUGCUGGAGGAGGAGCGUAUGCAGAUCGACAGAAAGACGCCCCGCCCCCAGUACAUGAGCCCGUCAGCUGACACUCUCCUCAGCACCACGUCCACUGCUGCAGGCACCGCCACAUCUGGCAAAGCAUCCGCAUCACGGAGCGGCGAUGACCCCCUCUCGGCUCUGUCUGAUGUUCUCAGCACUGACUCGGAUCUGCUGGGGAUCCUGUCAAGAGACCUGGGGAAGACCUCAGAUGAAUCAGGUCUUGAUUUUAGCCCUUUCCAGGUCGAUGGCUCACCCCCUUAUUUUGCUGGACUGGACAUGGCAGAGGAGUCGUCUUCAGUCCCCCAGGCUCAUUCAGGCAGAACUAUCCGUGGCAUCCCCGAGGAGCACCUGGACGGCAUCCUCAGCCCUGAACUGGACAAGAUGGUCACAGACGAAUCCAUUCUCAGCAAACUCUACAAAAUUCCAGAGUUGGAGGGGAAGGACGUGGAGGACCUCUUCACCGCGGUCCUCAGCCCCAGCACCAGCCAGUCCAGUCAGGUCCACCAUCAGCACCAGGGACCCGGCGCCUUGCAUGGACGCCAGAGCGCUGCUCUCCCUCACCCCCCUUCCACUCCAGGAAAUGGAAUGUUUCCGCGGAUGCCGAUGGUGAACGGGCUGAUGGAUCCCAGCCAGCUGUUCCCUCCGUCCCAGAUGAACCCCGGCGCAGGCUCCUGCAUGACGGGCGGCUUCAGCCCUCUGCAGCGCAUGCCUUUCCCAGACAACAUGAGGGAACAAAAGUAUCACCCGGUGCCUGGUGGGGUGGGUGGAGCUUGGGCUAGCCCUGGUCCAACUCCAGCUCCAGGCUCAGCUCCAGGCCCGGGGGCUGAGGGUGAGGGUGACUCCAUGUCCAACGCCCAGAAGAGCACACUUAAGUGGGAGAAGGAGGAGACUCUGGGAGAGCUGGCCACCGUGGCUCCAGUCCUCUACACCAAUAUCAACUUCCCCAGCCUCAAGGAGGAAUACCCUGAUUGGUCUACAAGAGUCAAACAGAUUGCAAAACUCUGGAGAAAAGCAAGUUCACAGGACAGAGCCCCUUAUGUGCAAAAAGCCAGGGACAACAGAGCAGCGCUGCGCAUCAACAAAGUCCAGAUGUCCAACGACCCCAUCAAGAGGCCGCACCCGCCGCAGCAGCAGCAGCAGCCGCAGCCGCAGCAACCGCAACCGCAGCCUCAGCAACAGCAGACGCCACCGCAGCAGCAGCAGCAGCAGCAGCAGCAGCCGCAGACGCCUCAACUGCCCCAGCCCCCAGAGCUGUUCGACCCCACCAUACCCCCCCUGGACCCGGAGCUGCUCUUCAAGGACCCGCUGAAGCACAAAGAGUCCGAGCAGGAGCAGGAGUGGAAGCUCAGACAGCAAAUGAGACAGAAGAGCAAGCAACAAGCUAAAAUCGAAGCGACUCAGAAGCUGGAACAAGUUAAAAACGAGCAGCUGCAGCAGCAGCAGCAGCAGCAACAGACAGGGGCUGGGUCCGACGUGGACACCUCCAACAGUGGCCACAGCCCCUUGUCCCAGUCCAGCAGUGGCAACUUGUCACCUAUGCAGCACAACUGUAAGAGGCUACCCACCUCUGGGCCCUCAGAUGACAUUUUCCUGCGUCCACAGCCACCUCCCCCAUCUACCAGCAGUCAGGGCUUGUCCUCCCAGCCCCAGUCGCCUCAGAUGUUCUCUCCAGGCUCGUCUGGAUCGAGGCCAUCCUCUCCCGGGGACCCAUAUGCUAAGAUGGUGGGCACUCCAAGGCCCCUACCCAUGGCUUCAAACUCGCAGCGCAGGGCCCUUGUGGAAUCAGGGAAGUCGCCCAGGUCUAUGUCAGAGGACAGAGGCAAGCCUUCCUCUGCCCAUGAACCCUUUGGGUCUCCGACGUCCCUGAGCAGUGAUCCGUAUGCCAAGCCCCCUGACACCCCCAGGCCUGUGGCAUCUGCAGACCCAUUCCUGAAGCCGAUGGGUCCCCCGAGAACCAGUCCAUCUAUGGAGGGGAGGCACAUGAUGGGGGGCUCCCCGGGUCACGACCCGUUCUCGAGACCUGCACAGCGCAAAGAGGUUUACCAGCGGAGUGCACAGAAUAGGAUGAUCCUCUCAGACCCAUACUCUCGUCCCUUGCUCACACCCGUCCCAGGGAGCAACGAGUCGGGCUCUGUCCAGCUCUUCAAAGCUCCCAUGCCACCUGGCCAAACCCAGGACCCGUAUGGAGGAAUGCACCCUGGACAGCGUCGACCAGGCGGAGACCCUUUUGAAAGAUCGGUUAAUCCGCUGGAGGACCUGUAUGCCCAGCCCCCACUCACUCCACGGCCUGCCAUGGUCCAGGAGUUUGCCAACCCACAAAGACCUUCUCGCCAACCCCACCAGUUCUCCCAGCCUGGGCCAAUGAUGAGACAAUCUGCCCAGAACCCAUACGCUCAUGCACCCUCUACCCCUAGACCUGAUUACAGUCAGUAUGACCCAUACUCGCAACAACCAGGCACACCUCGGCCUAUGACCGACCCCUAUUCCCAACAACCAGGCACACCUCGGCCUAUGACCGACCCCUAUUCCCAACAACCAGGCACACCUCGGCCAAUGACUGACCCAUAUGCUCAACCUCCAGGCACACCUCGGCCAAUGACUGACCCAUAUGCUCAACCUCCAGGCACACCUCGGCCUAUGGCCGACCCCUACUCCCAACAACCAGGCACACCUCGGCCAAUGACUGACCCAUAUGCUCAACCUCCAGGCACACCUCGGCCAAUGACUGACCCAUAUGCUCAACCUCCAGGCACACCUCGGCCGAUGAACGACCCAUAUGCUCACCCGCCAGGCACACCCAGGCCACAUGACCAGUAUCCCCCAUCCAUGGGUACCCGUAGCCCUUCCUCCGACCCAUACUCCCACAUGCCCUCCACUCCCCGCCCUGGCCCCAGACUCUCACCCUCCCAGGCAGUGGAUCCUUAUGCCCAGCAGCCCGGGACUCCGCACCCGGGGAUGAUAUUCCCCAAGUCCCCGGGCUGUCAGAGGAACCCUGACCCUUAUGCCCAGGCUCCUGGCACCCCUAGACCCAUGACCAUCGGAGGUCCCCAGCAGAUGCUGAAUGACCCGUAUGCCCAGCCUCCGGGCACACCUCGACCUGGUGCGAGAACAGGCCCCAUGACCAAUCAGGAUCCUUUCUCUCCGCCUCAGGCCAGGACUCACGAGGCUUUCGGUCACCCGUUGGCCCCGGGCUCUCAGACACCAAAGCAUCCUGGAAUACACGAUGAGAAUGUAAUUCUGCCACCGUCCAACCAGCCAAACCAAACACCCGUCCACGACCCCUUCGAGCAGGCACCCAUGACGCCUCGCCCUGCUGAGCCCAACCCCAUGGGCACUGGGCAGCUCCCUCACACCGCACAGUUCUCCACACCCAUGCCUGAAGCUCAAAGCGUUUCUCUGAUGGAGGCUGAGGAGAGGAUGAGACAGCGUCAGCGAAUCAGAGAGCUUAUCCUGAAACAGCAGCAGCAGAAGGGUGCCAAUCGUCUGGAGAAGGGCCCUCAGGAGCCCCCCAUGGCCAUGGCCCCAGGAACCCCACAGCACUGGAGUCAGGGGGGACCUGGGCCGCAGGCAGAGAUGUUCAACCGACCUCCACCUCCAUACCCAGGGCCUGUGAGGGGUCCCAUGAGGUUUCCUGGACCCUUCCCAGGUGACCAGCAUGGCCCAGUUGCCAUGGAGGGGCCGUUUCCAGAUGGUGCCAACAUGGGAAUGAGGCAACAUAUGCAGAGAUUUGGUUUCCCUGGUGGACAAGGGCCUCAUGGGCCUCCCAGACCUCCACACCCAAUGCAGGAAGUCAUGAUUGAUUCUCACCCCCAGAUGAGGAGGGCCAUGUCUGUUGACCAUGGGAAGCCAUAUGGUGGCCCCUCUAUGGGACCCCAGCACUUUGCCCCUCGGGGAAUGCCAGUGCAGCAGCACAACAUCAUGGGUCAGCCUUUCAUUGAGCUGAGACACAGAGCCCCGGAAAAUAGGCUCCGGCUCCCCUUCGGGCCCGCCGGGAUGCAGGGUAACCCCAUGGACCCCCAUGCCCAACAGCACAGGCUACCAGGGUUCAGUAUCAGGCAGCAGAUGGGAUUCCCCCCGAAUCAAGGUCCCAGCAGGCCCAUGGAUGGAACCAUGAUGAAUCAGCCCCAUGGAACUGCUCCCCAGAUGCAGAUGUCCUCCAGCAUGGACAGCUUAAACCAGCUGGCCAGUUUACCAGGGAUGGGUGGUCUUCAGCAACCUCCUCUUAUGAGGUCCAUGAGUCAACCCGCCUCAAACGAAACGGUCAGCGUUGCUCCGGCAAAUCUUUUCCCUGGGGUUCAUUCUGAGCAAUCGGAUGAAAUGCCGAUCUCCAGCACCGAAGGGGAGAAGCUGGACGCUGACGAGUCGGCUGUUAAAGAUUUAGAGGACGUUGAGGUCAAAGAUCUGGUGGACGCAGAUCUGGAUAACCUCAAUCUAGAUCCAGAUGAUGGAAAGGACUUGGAUCUGGAAACGAAUGACUUGCACCUUGAUGAUUUCCUAACAUCUGGAAAAUUUGACAUCAUAGCAUACACUGACGCUGACCUAGACAUUGCUGAGGGUCUUGAUCUCAGUGAUCCUAUAGAGGACCACAGUGAGACCUGUGAUCCACAGAAGACACUUCCAGAGGACAGGAAUGCUAGUUCUGGUUCUGGUAGUGCCUCAACAAAGGGACAGUCCGACGGUAUACCAGAGGCACCUACGUUUGAUAUUAAACAGGAAGUCUGUCAAAGUCGGGGCAUGAAAGAGGACCCAGACAUCAAAUCGGAAGUCGACACUAGUUUGUCUCAGGACAUGACUGCCUCUGGGGAUAUCAAGAGCUCAAACCUCUCUCACCCAGGAGCGUCUCGGCACCCCCAGUCCGGGAGCGCUCCUGACUCCAGCCCUGUGCUGUCUGGUCUGCUGGUCAAGGAGAAGCCGGGCGACUUGUCUCUAAAGCAAGCGGAUACCUCGUCUGCCCUCCAAAGCAACCCAGAGAUGUCUAUCUCCAAUGUUCUAGAUCAAGGCAACUUCCCACAGCAGGGCUUAAAUCCCGGCCUGGCUUUGGAACAAGCCAUUGGUUCUACCCACGGAGGGACGUCGUUGGGAAACCCGAGCCAGAUCCAAGGGCAAGCAUCAGACCAGGCAUUUGGGGAGGAGCAGCAGAGAGCCCAGGAUGCGCUGCUUGCUGAGGCUCUACAAGCAGGCGCUAACCUUACCCCGGCACAGCAGGACCUGCUGAACCAGCACAGGCCCCUGCUACUGGAGGAACAGCCUCUCCUGCUGCAGGACCUGCUGGAUCAGGAGAGGCAGGAACAACAGCAGCAGAGGCAGAUGCAGGCUAUGAUAAGGCAACGCUCAAGUGACUCUUUCUUUCCAAAUAUAGAUUUUGAUGCCAUCACUGACCCUAUUAUGAAAGCUAAAAUGGUUGCACUGAAAGGCAUCAACAAGGUGAUGGUUCAGAACAACAUGGGGAUGACACCCAUGGUCGUGAACAGGGUUCCACAGGGUGUUCAGCAGGGUGGACCUGGGCCGCCAUGGCCUGAUGGUGCUCCUGCGCCUCAGCCGAUUCCUCCACAGGAUGGCAACCAGGCACCUCAUAUGGCUAGGCCCAAUGUUCCCCCUAAUGUUGGACCUGGAUUUGCGAGCCACCUGUCCCCUUCCCCCUCAGAUGAUACGCAGAAGGUUCAGUAUGAGGAGUGGCUUCGGGAGACCCAGCAGCUGCUGCAGAUGCAGCAGAAGUUCCUGGAGGAGCAGAUCGGGGCCCACAGGAAGUCCAAGAAGGCCCUCUCCGCCAAGCAGAGGACGGCCAAGAAGGCGGGCCGCGAGUUCCCUGAGGACGACGCCGAGCAGUUGAAACAUGUGACCGAACAGCAGGGUGUGGUGCAGAAGCAGUUAGAGCAGAUCCGUAAGCAACAGAAGGAGCAUGCAGAGCUGAUUGAAGAGUACAGAGUAAAACAACAGCAGCAGCAGCAAUGCAACAUGCAGCCACCAAUGAUGCCAGGCAUGCAUGGCCCCCCCGCCAUGAUGCCAGUCCGUCCACCCAUGGGCCAGCCAGUGAUGGGCCCACUGCCACCAAUGCCGCAAAUGCCAGUCCAUCCAGGCCAGCCUAGCCCUGCUCGCCCACCCAACAUGCCAGGCUGGCGUCCUGGUGGCCCCAUGCCUAUGCCAGGCCCCAUGCCUAUGCCAGGCCCCAUGCCCAUAGGAGGCCCCAUGCCAGGCCCCAUGCCUAUGCCAGGCCCCAUACCUAUAGGAGGCCCAAGGAUGCCAGCUAUGAUGCCCAGUCAGGCCCCCAUGCCUCAGCCCCCCCAGGUCAUACCACCCGGAGGUCCUGCCGUUCAGUCGGGGAGCGAAUCUCCUCACGUGAACUUUGACGACAACAACCCGUUCAGCGAGGGCUUCCAGGAGCGCGAGCGCAAGGAGAGGCUGCGGGAGCAGCAGGAGCGGCAGCGCGUGCAGCUGAUGAAGGAGGUGGAGCGGCAGCGGGCGCUCAAGCAGCGCAUGGACAUGGAGAUGCAGCAGGCCGCCAUGAUGAGUCCAGACGGCCUCAUGAAACCCCAGAUGUCCCAGAUGCCCAUAUACAAUCAGGAUAUGCCCCAUGACUUCAUGCAGUCCCAGAAGCCUCAGCAGCCGGCGAUGCCUGGCCAGGGUUUCCCCCAGCAGCAGCAAGGCCAUCAGCCAGGACUAAGUGGGGAGUCUCCAGUCGCCUUCAUGGGCAACGGGCCGUUCCCACAAGACAUGGGACCUGGAUUUUGGCCAGACAAUCCUGGUAUGGAGGCGGGCAACUUUGCCCCAGGUCAAUCCAAACCUCCCCGAUUUGGUGGGCCUAACAUGAUGGCCCAGAACGUGGGCAAAUCCCAUCCAUUUGGGCCAGAUUCAAGUUUGCCUCUUCCACCCAACUUCCCCGGGUCAGGCCCGUCGCUGAUCCAGCUCUACUCCAACAUCAUCCCGGAGGAGAAAGGCAAAAAGAAGAGGAACCGCAAGAAGAAGAAGGACGACGACUCUGGCUCUCUGAAGGCCCCGUCCACACCGCACUCUGACCUCACCGCCCCUCUUACCCCCUGCGUCUCGGACACAUCCUCCACCCCGACGCGGCUCUCUCUGCAUCACGGUGAGCAGGAUCUCUGCGAAUCGUCCCAGCCUGGCUCCUCUACACCAGGCUCGGCUACCAGCCACCCUCCCUCGGAGCUGGAGAGGCAACUCUCUGGAGGCAGCUGCGGCUCCUUCCCGCUCCUGGAGGGCCACUCGGGCAUGUUGUCCGGCUCUGGCCUCGGUCAGCUGGACCUGCAGGACAGGAUCCUCAGCAACAUCAAACUGGAGCAGGUGGAGGGCGGCAGCGAGUGCCACGGGCCCAAGGGCCACGAGAUGGAGCACAUGGGUAUGGUGAAGAUGGAGAAGGAAGGGGCCUCGCCCCACGCGGCCGGCCUGAGCCCGGCACACAGCUCCAAGGGCGAGAUGAGCAACGAGCUCCUGAAGCACCUCCUGAAGAACAAGCGGACGCCCCCGGCUCGGCUCCCACACCAGCGGUCGGAGGACAGCCUGCGGUCCGAGGAGGACGGCUGCAUCGACAGCAAGGGCUUCCUGAGGCAGAACUCCUUGGACAGCAACGGGACCGUCUCAGACAGUCAGCUCUCUGGGCACCCUGACUUCGGGAGCCCCUUGUCGGGCGACCAGGACAAGAAGAAGCAGCGGAACAAGAGAGGGCCCAAAGGCAGCGAGCGGCCCACGCCGCGCUCCAAGAAGAGGAAGAAGGAGGAGGAGGAGAGGCAGGCCGCCUCCUCUGGCAUGACCCACCUGAAACAGCUCUCUCUGUUGCCUCUCAUGGAGCCCUCGAUCGGGGUGAACUAUGCCCACUUCGUGCCGUACGGCACCGGGCAGCUGGACGGGGAGAACCGCCUGUCUGGCUCAUUUGGCAGCGCUUCUCUGGAUGGAGUGUCAGACUACUACUCCCAGCUCAUCUACAAGGUGAGAUCAGACUACUACUCCCAGCUCAUCUACAAGGUGAGAUCAGACUACUACUCCCAGCUCAUCUACACGGUGAGAUCAGACUACUACUCCCAGCUCAUCUACAAGCAGAACAAUCUGAGCAACCCCCCGACUCCGCCGGCCUCGCUGCCCCCCACGCCGCCUCCUGUGGCGCGGCAGAAGAUCCUCAACGGCUUCGCCACCACCGAGGAGCUGGCCAGCAAGGCCGGCAUGGGCGGCCACGACGUGACCAAAGGGCACCUGCCCAGAUCCAUGCACGUGCAGCUGAAGGCCGAGGAGGACCUGCUGGCCAGGGCGCUCUCCCAGGGGCCCAAGACGGUGGACGUGCCGGCCUCCCUCCCCACGCCUCCUCACAACAACCAGGAGGAGCUCAGCAGAGGCCAGGACCACUGUGAGGACAGGGACUCACCGGACAGCUUUGUCCCCUCCUCGUCCCCGGAGAGCGUGGUGGGCAUGGAGGUCAGCCGCUACCCAGACCUCUCUCUGGUGAAACAGGAGCGACCCUCCCCUGCCCAGUCACCUGUCAUGCCCCUGCUGCCCAGCUGCAGUGGCAAAGUGCUGUCUCUCCAUCGGCCAGAAGCCAGACUGCUGGACAUAAAAAAGGAGCAGAUAUUCUACGGGACGCCCUUUGGGCCUGCACAGAACGGUGCCAACGCGGGGCUCGUUUCCAUAGCGAUCACCCUCAAACCAGCUGCUGCUGAGAACAUCACGGGGGUGGUGGCAGCCAUAGCCGACCUGCUCCGUGUGAAGAUCCCUAGCAGCUACGAGGUGAGCAGCGCCCCUGACCGGCACCUCCACGGCGCCCCCGGUGGCCUCAGGGCCUCACUGCAGGGCGCCGAGCUCCGGCCUCCCUUCAUGCUCCAGGGCUCUCCAGGGAGCUUUGGGGGCCCUGACGGGAGAGCGAUGCGGUUCGUCAGACCGCCGCCACAGCAGAGGCCCUUACAGAUGCACAUGCAGCAGCAGCAGCAGCAGCUUCAGCAGCCUCAGUUCCCCAGAGGUGCAGCCGGAACCAGAGAGCAGUAUUUCAAGGCCCAGGCCAGCCCGGGCCCCAAGCCGCAGUGGUGCCGCCACUGCAAGGUGGUGGUUCUGGGAAAUGGAGUCCGCAAAUCACCCAAAGACUCAAAACACACACAGCAGCAGCUUCAGUCAGGAGCUGAGGGCGAUGUAGUCUUCUGUAGCCACAGCUGCCUCAUCCUCCACUCCUCCUCAGCGGCCAAACCUGCCCAGGACACCAAGGAGUCAGUGGACCUGCUCCCUUCCACCGAGCCCAAGGCGAGUCCCUCCAGAGCCCAGCACCCGUACAGCAACAACAUGUCCUCUCUAGAUGUGCACUGCCUGGCCCAGCUGCAGCCCAAGCCCUCGCCCCCCCUCCCCACAUCCCCGCUGCCGCCCGAACCCCCCAGCCCCCGAAAGACGGUGAAGGCCGAGCCUGAAGCCAAGCCCUUCGAGGCCCUGAGGGUGACGGUCAAGCUGAAGUCGCGUGGCGCCGGUGGGUCCGGCGGUAUGAACCACCAUGGCAAACGGCCCAAGGCUCGGCGCUGGCAGAAGUGGAGCGUGCAGCUGCAGGUGUCCCUGAAGAAGGAGGGAGACGUGGUUGGGACGGGGGACGCGCAGCAGCUGGGGGAUGAGGCCGAGGUGGACCGUCUGCUGGCCAAGCUGGCGAUGCCACUGCGACCCAACCCGCUGCCCCGCGACCGGCGCCGCUGCUGCUUCUGCCACCAGGAGGGCGACGGGCUCACCGACGGGCCCGCCCGGCUCCUCAACCUGGACCUGGACACCUGGGUGCACCUGAACUGCGCGCUGUGGUCCACGGAGGUGUACGAGACGCAGGCGGGCGCGCUCAUCAACGUGGAGCUGGCGCUGCGCCGCGGCACGGCCAUCCUGUGCGUCUACUGCCAGCGCACGGGCGCCACCACCGGCUGCCAUCGCCUGCGCUGCGUCAACGUCUACCACUUCACCUGCGCCCUGCACGCCGGGUGCACCUUCUUCAAGGACAAGACGAUGCUCUGCCACGCGCACCGGCCCCGCGGCCAGGGCAACGCCAUCGGUGCCGGCGCUAUCGCCACGGCGAUGGCCGCCAGCUCAGCCCUGCUGGAGCACCAGCUGCGCUGCUUCUCGGUGUUCCGCCGCGUCUACGUGCAGCGCGAGGAGGUGCGGCAGCUGGCCAGCGCCGUGCAGAUGCCCGAGCGCGGGCACACCUUUCGCGUGGGCAGCCUGGUCUUCCACGCCAUGGGGCAGCUGCUGCCCGCCCAGAUGUCCGCCUUCCACUCGGACUCCGCCAUCUUCCCCGUGGGCUACGAGGCCAGCCGCCUCUACUGGAGCAUGCGCCACUCCAACCGGCGCUGCCGCUACCUCUGCUCGGUGGAGGAGGGCGCCGCCCGGCCCGAGUUCACCGUCCGCGUGCAGGAGCCCGGCUACGAGGAGCUGGUGCUCACAGACCGCAGCCCCAAAGGAGUCUGGGAUAAGGUUCUGGGUCCAGUGGCGGAGAGGAGGGCGGAGUCCGGAACCCUCCGUCUGUUCCCCAUCUAUCUGAAGGGAGAGGACCUGUUUGGACUCACCGUCUCUGCUGUCACUCGCAUCGCUGAAUCGCUGCCUGGAGUUCAGGCCUGUAAGGGUUACCGGUUCCGUUACGGACGGAACCCCAUGUUGGAGUUGCCACUGGCCGUUAACCUCUGUGGCAGUGCUCGCUCUCAGCCCCGGAGCAACCCGCGCCAUGUCAGGCCUCUGGACGGGUCCACGGCCUGCAGCCGCUCCAUCCAGAACUCGGCCCAUCAGGAGGGGGGGCCCCCCUACAGCAAGCACUUUGUGCACUCCAAGUCCUCCCAGUACCGCCGGCUGCAGAGCGAGUGGAAGGCCAACGUCUACCUGGCUCAGUCACGCAUCCAGGGCUUGGGUCUGUUUGCAGCCAGAGACAUUGAAAAACAGACCAUGGUGAUUGAGUACCUUGGGAAUAUCCUGCGUAACGAGGUGGCCAGCAGAAAGGAGUACUCGUACAAAUGUCAGAAUCGCCCUGUGUACAUGUUCCGUAUUGACGCUGAGCACAUCCUUGAUGCAACCAUCACAGGAGGACUGGCAAGAUACAUCAACCACUCUUGUUCCCCCAACUGUGUGGCUGAAGUGGUGACGUUUGAGCGAGGAUACAAGAUCAUCAUCAGCUCCACCCGGAGGAUAGAGAAGGGAGAAGAGCUGUGCUACGACUACAAGUUCGAGCAGGCGAGCGACCAGCACAAGAUCCAGUGCCACUGCGGAGCGGUCAACUGCCGCAAGUGGAUGAACUGAUGAAGCGUCGAGAGGAAAUGGAGAGGGGGGCGGGAUCCACACAAGCAUUCCUUGCCAUAGAUCACGGGCACAUUAGUCCCUGUGGAGAUCGAGUGCUCCACUGACUAAAGGAAGUGUUUUCAACGGGACUCAGACACGAGCCAGGCCCCAAAUAGUUUGUACAGAGAGAUUGGUCGAGGUCUUUGUCGUAAUAAUCCACCGAACACUAGUCUGCGAGGGAACACUAAACGGUAGAGAGUUUGGCAAGGAGCUGCAGCCCUCACAGGUCACAGAGGAAGACGGUUCAGUGACCCGCAUAUGCCAUGAGUGUGUGUGUGUGUGUGUGUGCGUGCGUGUGUGUGUUCGUGGGAGUGCUUGUGUGCAUAUAUGCAGUGUGUGUCUCUGUGUUUCAGGGGACAGAAUUCACCAGCGAAUGAGAGGAGAGCACUGUGCCGGGCUUGCCUUAUUGGUUGCAGGAGAGGGCGGGCCCUUUAGUUUAAUGGUGAUAGGCCUAGAUGUGUACAGUAGGUUUCAAAUGUAGACACCACUGAAUGGAGAAUGUACGGAAUGAGCUUCCGCGAAGGGAAAAAUUAACUUGCACUAAAAGAAAAAUACAAACUCACAAAAAAGAACACAUUAAAAUACUUGAUUCCAUGAGUCAGUUUUAUCCUAAUUUUCUCUCUUUGGUUUGUGUAAGAAAAGAAAGCAGUUUUGUAUUUAUUGCCGAGUGAGUGAAUGAUGAGUGAAUUAAUUAAUGGAAAAAAAUUAUGUGUUUAAAAAAAAAAAAAAAUCAAUGCCAAACUGCAGUUGCUGUCCGCGGUUUGAAGAAACCCUGUUUCUUGUGUACAAAGUGUAUAAAAAGAAAAAUAUAGGAAUGAUUGACCAAAUACUACCUUAACCAUAUGGAUGUUUGGGUGUUCCGUAGGCGCGCGUUUUGUUUUUGUCUUUGGAGAAUUAUUUAAUGCGGUUGUCCAAUAUUGUUUGGAGAGAAUAUAUUAUAUGGCUGUUUUGUACAGAAUGUGCAAAAUCAUUUCAAGAAUUCACGAGAAAGUAUUUUUUGUUGUGCUUAGACUUUAGUAUGCUAGUGUUUUAAUUUUCCGUGAUUUUCACAUGAAUUCUGACCACUUGAAUAGUCUUUUUAUAUAUAUAAAUAUAUUUGUGGUUUUCAUCAAAGAUAGUUUGGUCAUGUGUUACAGUAGAUGAUCUCAUCUCCAAAAGCCCUAAUGUGGACUAGAUCAUGGCAACAUCCUUGUCGAUCAGGUUUCCUUUCUGAAUUAGUGAGAACUGUGAAUUUUUAAUCCACCCAAACAGAGUUUUUAAUCAUGUUUUUAACUUUUGUCACAAGUAGAAUGCAUUGUUUUGCUCUGGGUUUUUAUAUGUAUUUUGUACAUAUUUGUAAUAUGACAUUGAUGAGUUCUAGACUAUUCAACGAGUCUCGGAAGGAAAACUGGUAGCUGUUUAGGAGUAGUGUGUUUUACAUAGGGCUAGACACAAAGAAAGCAUUUAGUAACAAAAAAAAGUUUGCCUGGAAUAUGUUUGCUCAGUCUUCAGAGAUAUACUUUUGGACAAUUGAAUCAAGAUGGCAUUUCGUUUUAUACCCUAACAACCUUAAUCCUGUACUCACAUUUUCAAGCCUCACAAAUGAAAUGGGAAUUCUUCUGUUUGAACAGCUUGAAGUUGACAAAUUGACAGUCUUGAACUUGUAUUGUACAAGGCAUGUAUUUUUGAACUUGCGAAAGAUAAAUUGUAUAUAUUUUCUCAAUGAACAAUUGUAACUAAAUUGUUUCAUGAAUAUUUUUCUUGUCUUGUAAAAUAAUGGUGUUUGCGCAAACCUUUUUUGGCGUUGUCAUGUACAGUAGUCUAUAAUGUUUUGGGAAAUGAAGCCUUUUUGAAGUAUGCAGAGUGAUAUGGGGUUUGGAACUGAAUUUAGGAGCAUUUACAAAAAAUAAAAUAUUUUACAUCUUA